AUGGAUAAAUUAAUGAACAACAAUAAGGUCAAACUAACCGUCGUUCUGUUGGGAAGUAUAUGCUCCUUUGCAUUGUAUCAUAUGAAAAAGAAAAUAAAUAUUCCCCAAUUUUUAUUUUCAAAAAAAUGGUUUAGUGAAUUUUCAUUGAUGUGGCCUGGACAAGCCUUCAGUCUGGAAAUAAAAAAAAUUAUUCACCAAGCCAAAUCCAAAUAUCAAAGUAUCCUAGUCUUUGAAAGCACAACCUUUGGUAAAGUACUAGUCCUAGAUGGAGUUAUUCAAUUAACAGAAAAAGAUGAAUUUGCAUAUCAUGAAAUGAUGACACAUAUACCUAUGACAGUUGCGAAAGAACCGAAAAAUGUUUUGAUUGUAGGUGGAGGGGAUGGAGGAGUAAUACGAGAGCUUUGUAAAUAUAAAACUAUUGAAAAUAUAGAUAUAUGUGAAAUUGAUGAAAUGGUUAUUGACGUUUCGAAAACCUUUUUUAAAAAUAUUAGCUUAGGAUUUGAUGAUAAAAGAGUAAAUGUCUUUAUUGAAGAUGCCAGCAAAUUUCUAGAAAAUGUCACAAAUACCUACGACAUAAUUAUUGUCGAUAGUUCUGAUCCCAUAGGACCUGCAGAAUCCUUGUUUAAUCAAAAUUUUUAUGAAAAAGUGUAUAAUGCAUUGAAACCCAAUGGUUACUGCGUCGCUCAGUGCGAAUCUAUUUGGAUACACGUUGGGACAAUAAAGAGUAUGAUGGGAUACGCUAGAAAAUUAUUCAAAAAGGUUGAAUAUGCAAAUAUUAGCAUUCCAACUUACCCCUGUGGAUGUAUAGGCAUACUCUGCUGCUCCAAAAUGGACACUGGAAUGUCCAAGCCAAACAGAAGAUUAGAAACGAAAGAAUUUUCGGAUUUAAAAUAUUAUAGCUAUGAAAACCAUUCAGCAGCUUUUAAGCUGCCAACUUUUGUUUUAAAAGAUAUUGAAUCAGUGUAG